AUGGACCCAGCACAACCACAACAGCCUCAACCAAAACCUGUCGCAGCUGAAAAGAAGAAAAGGGUCCUGACGGUCGAAGAACGCAACAAAAUAUUGUUCGGUAGAAUGAACCAUGUCCUGGCCAAUGCGUCAGAUCCAAACUGGGUCGGAUAUGCCAACAAGCUGGCUCAGUACCUGUCGGAUCCGCGAGGGUAUUAUACUGAAGCUAGGAAGGAUGUUCUUAAGUUGCUCGCGGUAGCCGAAGUGUGCCUCAAAACCGAUCUAGGGAUGGCCACAAACGAGAAUUCCAAGGUUACAUUGCUUCCAGAGCAUUACCGGGACCACCCACUGGGGGAUGCCUAUACCAAAUUGGUCUCUGCGAUCCAUCCCCAUAUCAAUCUCUUUGUCGAGCCGGAUCUGAAGGAGGCUGCCCGUUAUCUACUCUUCACCGUUGGAAUCCAAGUCCCCGACGACCCGACAAAUUCACCAAGUUCUGCUCAAAUGCGCCCUGCUGCGCCAGUCGUUCCUACUUCUGUGCUAACCUCGCCUAGAGCCUUGUCUGCGGGGUCCCGCUCAGUCCCAAGUAGCGUAGCAGGUCAAAUCCCAAUGCCCGGACCUUCUGUUCGAGACUUGUUCACCAAUCCGAUACCCCCAUCGACCACUGCUGCCAUCACUGUGCAAAAAGUCCCUCCAAACAUGUCAGCUCCGUUGAACCCCGCCCCUCCCAUGCCACCGACAUCUACUCCGAGUCCUUCAGGUGCAGCACCACAAUCCUCACAACCGCCUCCGGCACCAAGCACUUCGACGACGGCAGCGACAACGACAACUGCUACAACUGUCUUGACCCGCGUGAAGAAAAAGAAAAAAACGGACAUCAGUACCCUUCAGCAACGUGAUCUGGAAAGGUUUAAACAACGUCAGGCUUCUGCUUCUUCCGCGUCCUCGACCCCGACUCUUCCUGCUGCUUCACCUGCUGUUGCUACUCUUACUCCCACGCCUGGACCUUCGGCGUCGAGCUUGGGCGCUAAAAAUGUAGAUCUGUUGCCCGAUUCACUGGCAUCUAGGACCCCUGUUGGGGGAACGAAUUCCACCAGCUCUUCGCCCCCUCAACCGCCUAAAACCGAGGAUGACCGUGGUAUGGAGGUCGAUGUACCAGCUGGACCAGGACCAUCUGUCGAGUCGGGAAUUCCAGAAACCCAACCCAGGGGAUCAAGCAAGCCCGCCGCUGCUACCGUGGCCAGUACAGAUGGAGAUGCUAUGGACAUCGACACGCAAGCAUCCAGCAGACUGCAGAUUCCUUCGCCAAUUACUCAGCCGACAACUGGAUCUAUUCCAGCGUCGUCCCCAACGCUCCCGGCGACUGGGCCUUCAACUCAACCCAUUCUGGUUCCAGGCGCCUCGAAGACGCCUUCCGUGACGCCGCCGCUACCGUCCAAUGGGCCGAGUCCUGUUCCUGGGGACACAGAUGCAAAAUCCACACAAGCCAAAACUGACUCUCAACCUCCGGUGCAGACAGCGCAGCCUACCCUAACUCUACAGCCGACGCUGCCAAGCGUCCCCCGAAUGCAAUCACAGCCUGUUGAAGGACCGAGUAUACCUAGUGGCCUAUCUUCCGUGCCCAAUGCAAGUAGUACCAGUGGAACAUCCGCGGAUAUUGAUUUCAGAACAUCGGCAAAGUCUAUGACCUUGAUGGGUCCCCAUAACAAUGUUGUGCGGUCUCAAACGGUUCCGAUAGUGUCUCAACUGCCGAGGCAACCUCCUGUGGGGUCGAUGCUACCUCCUCCAGUGCCGGUUCCAAAGUCGACGCAGUCAUUGACGCAGCCGAAUGCUAGAGGGUUACCUACCUCAGUCUUGGCUCAAACAAGUGGACCGAGACCGAGCCAACCACCAGUUCAACCGAAUGUAGGGCGGCCCACACAAGUUACACUGGUUGCUCCCGCUCAAGAACCUCCACCUAAAGAAAAUGAAAACGCGAUGCAGAUUGACAAGCCACCAGUCCCUCCCCCAGCUCCUCCAGUAGCUAAAAUACCCCCAGAGCAGAUUUUUGGACACAGCGAUAUCCCUCGAAUCACGCUUCUAGGAUUCGAAAAAGGGAAAAAGGAGAGGGGCACAAUUCCGUUCAAGUUCAAGCUUAGUUCGAUACAGGUGGAUCUUCUUCAGAAGUGGAAAAAGCAGGCUGGUACUCUCGAAGAACUCGCCUGCACGGUGUCUGUUUCUUUGGGAUGUUAUUUGAUUGAAAGCUUGAAACCCCCGUCAUCCUUCCUUGAACAAAUCGCGAUUAUGCCUUCCACAUUUGCUCAGGAUGGAGGAUUAAGCAUGAGGUUUGAAGGUGUUGGCUCGCCUCCCGAGAGCGUGACAUUGCCUUUAUCUCCUCCUUUUCUCUCGACCCCCGAUGGCAGAUUCGACCUAUCAUCUCUGAUCUGUAAACCCGGUCCACACUCGUUCGAGAUCAUCCAGAGCCGAGAUUGGUCACAAUAUGCCUUUGUGUUGUUUCUCCAUCAUCCGACUGCGAGCCAGAUGAAGAAGGCGGAAGAGAGGAAACGGAAGGAUAGGGAGUGGGAGGAGUGGAAGGCGAGGGUUAGUAAACCGCCUUUGAUGACUGUUCCGAAGCUGAAGGUUGGGUAA